CGUCAAAGCGUAGCCGUCGUCUCCCAGCAUGCAGCGGGAGGCCGUUGAGAGAUCCAGCAGCUGGUAGUGAGUUGCUGAGGCGCCGAGCAGGCAGCAGCCGACGGUCAACACAGGGCGCUUUUCCCGUUCCGUGGGAGAUACACAGACGCGUCUGUCUCACGGGCGGCACACACACGCAGUCCCAAAGUAUGCUGUUCGGGCGCCUGACGCAUUCCCACGGCGGCUUCUGACUCAUCACAGCCAGUCGGUCUUGAUUGUGGAGGAAUCCUCCGUCCAUCCCCCGAAUCGCAGCGAACAGGCAAUGAGCACGGUCUCAGCAACCCCGCAGCAGAUGAGGGACCGGCUGCUGCAGGCCAUCGACAGUCAGAGCAAUAUAUGCAAUAUGGUGGUUGUGUUGGAAGUAAUUGCCUGUCUCGAAAGGUAUCCGAUCACCAAAGAAGCACUUGAGGAAACUCGCUUAGGAAAGCUGAUCAAUGAUGUCAGAAAGAAAACCAAUGAUGAAGACCUUGCCAAGCGGGCCAAGAAACUUUUGCGAAAUUGGCAAAAGUUGAUUGAGCCCGGGCCAGCUGCGGCCGUGAGUGCACCUGGAUCUACCAAUGGCAGUUCUCAUCCCUGCAGAACGGACACUCCUUCUUCUGAUGUUUCUAUGUCGGGCAAAAGUGGCCCUGAUAUCAAAAUCAGAAAUGACGUCCACAAUACUUACUCCCCCAAAGCUGAGAAAUCAGGCAGCCGCAAGCGUCGAGCAGAGCACAGAGACGGUGGUGUGUAUUUGCCGGAAAAACUCUCUAAAAUGUCUUCGUACGAUAAUGCAGUCUCGCCACCACCUAGCAAUGGUGUUGCAGGCAGCCCUGAAGCUCUGCCUGAGCACGAUGUCAUACCAUCUCCUGACAGAUCUCGUGUAGAGAACCUUGAAAAUGACAAAAUCAACAGAAUUCCAGUUAAUGCUGUCAAACCUCGCCCAAGCUCCCCUGGUGUAGCUAAACUACCUAGCACUUCUUCCUUGAUUAAGGUUGCGGUGAUGCAGCAGCAGGCCAGAAUGGAUGAAGGAGGAGGUGGCUAUUACCAAGUCAGAAGUCCACGUGGACUCACCACCAGUCCAAGGAGCGUGAAGCAGGACGCUGUAACCAAGCGCUCUGCAGCGUACACACUGAAAGGAGCGUCUGUUCCAAGCCCAUCAUCGAGAGAUUCUCCCUCCCCUCUGUCUCAGCCUGUGUCCUCCCCCGCCCAACCAUGUAAUGCUGAUAAACUGCCACAUUCUUCUCAUAGGCCUAUAAUGCACUGGGCCAGUUCUUCAGACGGUCCCACUCAUUGUCCAACACAAGAUACACCCACUACACUGGAACCUGUGUCAGUCUCCCCGUCACCCUCCCACCCCCAGCUUCUGCAACACAACUCAGAACUCAGGCAGACCCCUGAGGGAGCUUUUGCAAUGUCUGACGCAGAAGGGGCAACAAUUCCCAGCACUGAACAAAAAAGCAGGAAGAAGUACAGACCAAGAGACUACUCCGUCAACUUAGACGGUCAGAAAACAGAAGACACAUCUAAGCCUGUACGGUUAAAAGAACGCAGACUAACAUUUGACCCCGUCACACGUCAGAUUAAACCCCUGGUACAUAAAGAACCCUCUCAAAUAGAUGAAACCCCUGUUCGGGACCCAGUUGAGUUUAGGCAGAGGACUGAACCCACCGCUCAGCCCCCUGCCACCCCUGCCCCAAAUCCAAACCCUUUCCAACAGACAAACUGGAAGGAGCUGUCCAGGAACGAAAUUAUUCAGUCCUACUUGAACCUUCAGAGCAAUAUGCUCACCUCCUCUGGGGUCCAGGCCCCGAGUGCACACUUUUUCAUGUCAGAAUAUCUAAAAAGGGAAGAACAGGAGAUUAAGGAGGCACGGAAGACGCAUGUUCUGCAGACAGAGGGCUCAGUCAAGGAUUUACCCGGCGUGAGCCGGGAGGUGCUGGACGAGGACCUGAACAGGAUACACACCCAGCGCUGGGCGGGGGUGAAUGGUUGUUACGACACCCAGGGUACCUGGUAUGAUUGGACAGAGUGCAUAUCAUUGGACCCUCACGGGGAUGAAAAUAGAUUGAACAUCCUGCCAUAUGUUUGCCUAGACUGAGAAGUUUGAGAUAUUUUCUGCCCUUGUCCACUCCUUUUUCUUUUUUUUCUGCUCCUCUCUCUUUCCUCACAGAAACGUGAUAUUUUGUGAUUUUGUUCAUCCACUGUGAGUUUAGGGAAAGUCAGGCCUGCUAAACUCCUUAUGCUGCUUCCUCUUUCAGUGAUAAUCUGAGAUUUUGGUAUAUAAGAGAAAUAAAUUAAAAAGAAUAGUUGAGUUUGUCAAUGAAGGGCUGUUUCUUUUAUUUUUCAAACUGAAAAAUGUUGAAGCCCUGGUUGUGAAGUGCUGCUAGUCACACAGAAAUUAAAUAAAAAGGGGGAACAGAAUCAUCCAGUGAGACUGAUGGUGGUUUUACGAUGUGCAGCAGAAAGUUUGAAUUGCAGCUGUGUUUUCAGCCUCACUGGGAUGACAUGAUGUUCUCCGUGUUUUCUAGUUUACAAUGAGGAGCUUCAAACUGGUGCCGUAUUUAAGGGGAGGCUGGGGUUUAGCCGUCCUGUCGAGAGUUCACCGAACACAUCCAGGGUCACGCAGACUGGAUCAUAUCCGGCAUUUACAAGAAGCUUUAUGUGAGAUAUUAAAAAAGUAAAUUAUAAAUUUCUUAUGUAUGCAUCUAUUUAUUUUGAUGAGUUCAUUUGUGGGAUGGUCAUCAGAUUCAGAGACUAUUAGACACUUUUCUUCCCCUCACGUGUUUGUUAGGCUGAUUUUUAAAUGCAGGCGAGACGCGCCCAUGUCGUGAACAGCCUGUGAGAUUGGCAAAUGCAUUUUGGUCAAAACAUUCCAAACGCCACCCUUCACCCGCUGUCGCGCUUCUUCCAUCAGCUUCGAUGCGUCCUUACCAUCUCAAGUCUCUACAUUAUCGUGCAGAGCAAAUGGUUCCUUGAGAAUGUUGGAGUGUUAAUUUGGUGGGUGAAAUAAAAGAUAAACCUCAGCACCCGCUCAUCCUCUAAUAAGUCUAACUCAGCUCAAGUUUAUCCAUAAUUGUAUUUUAGAGACAAACUUUAAAGGCUUGCAUCAUUUCUAUUGCUUUAGUUAUUUUGUUUUCUGGAAUUCUUCCACGAAAUAGUCCUCUUAUGCACAUGUACAUAACGUGACAAUUUCUUCAUAAUUUUCUCACUGAUUAAAAAAUGUGAAUAGUGACUUUUUUUUUUUCUUCCCCUCUUCUUCUCCCCUACAGUAUGUGCACAUAAAUCUGGGGUUUUGUGCAAAUAUUUUUUUUUUCUUUCAAACAUUGGUUUGUUUUGAGGUAACUUUUUAAUAUAUAUAAAAACAAGAAGCAGUGUGCAUCAAAAUGUCUUGAGUGACAGAAAACAACUAUAAGGGUUUUUUGUUUGUUUUUCAGAUUUCCCUUUCUCCUCAGUCACUACACUUUUGCUCACAUAACCUUAGACGGCUGCUGCUCAGCCUCCAUUUGUACAUUUGGUCAGUCAUUCAUCCCUACCAAUGUGCCUUGGUAAAAUGGUUAGUCUGGAUUUGCUUCCACAUAAAACCUGUCCUCGGAGUUAGGUUGAUGUGGGACAAUUUUGUGAUCAAUAUGAUGCUGGUAUUCGCACCGUCUUGUUUUAUUUUUUUACUCAGCGAUCUAGCGAGGGGUGCGCCUGCAUACAAUGAAUCCUAAUCUGUUAUCUGGACUUUUGACCGGGGGCAUCUUUUUGUUCGGUGUUUAACAUCUCAGUUGUUUGACAAAUAAAAUGAUCUAAAUCUUCAGACCA